UUAACCAACUUAACCUCCUAAAGUAGAUACUCACCUUACAUCCUUUUGCCUUCCAUUAUUACCCAAAAUACACCUUAUUCUCACUUACUAUUAUCCUUUCUUCUUGUUCUUUAUAUACCCAAAAGCUCAAUUCUCUUGAACACACAUACAACCUUUGCCAUUUUAGGCAUGGCUCAACUACCACCUAAAGUUCCAACAAUGGCACACAAUUGGCCAUUUCACAACAUGCCCCCAUUGCCUAACUCAACCACCAUCGCUGUCAAUCACCACAGUAAUUCCUCCUGGGUCGACGAUUUCCUGGAUUUCUCGUCAUCCAGGAGGAAUUCACACCGAAGAUCAGUUAGUGACCCGAUUGCAUUCGUGGAGGGUCCAUUCAGGUCGAAUAAUAAUAAUAAUAAUAACGGGUUUGAUAAAUUGGAUGAUGAACAACUUACUACUAUGUUUUCAGAUGAUAAUGCUGCAUUUGCUGUUACAGCACUGUGUUCUAAUCCUUCAAGUACGAAUCCUUCUACACCGUCUGAUCAAAUCAGUGAUGAAGAUCAGAAGCAGUCGGGCCCACUAGAUGCUAAUCAAGUGGUUCAACCGAAGAAUGAACCUGGUGAAGUUGAUAGUAAUUGUGAUAAUCAAUUAGCAGCAGCUAAUAAAACAACUGCUAAUGACUCUUCUGAUAACAAUUCUAUUGUGGAUCCAAAGAGGAUUAAGAGAAUUUUAGCAAACAGGCAAUCAGCUCAGAGAUCAAGAGUUAGAAAGUUACAUUACAUUUCAGAGCUGGAAAGAAGUGUAACCUCUCUGCAAACUGAAGUAUCAGCAUUGUCACCAAGAGUUGCUUUUUUGGACCAUCAAAGGCUGCUUCUUAACGUUGAUAAUAGCGCACUCAGGCAACGAAUUGCAGCUUUGGCUCAAGAUAAGAUAUUUAAAGAUGCUCAUCAAGAAGCACUGAAGAAGGAAAUUGAAAGAUUAAGACAAAUUUAUCAUGAACAGAACAUGAACAAAAUGAACAACAACGGUACCGCCGAUGCACCACCGUCAGCGGCGGCGCCGAUGAGUUGCACGGAAGAAGCGUAAGCUUCUCAAAAAAGUAUUACCAUCAGCUAACCUGCGCCUUCACGUGAUGUGUUCCCCUCUUCUUUUUUUCAAUUCUCUUGUGGACCUCUUUCACUAGCUGUGAUAAUUAACAUUAUUUUAGGAAAUUCCUACUACUUGAUUUAAAAUAGUGUUAGUAAAAGAUUCAUUUGAUAUUUGAUGAAAAAAAUAAACCCAAAAAGAAAAGAAAAAACAAACCCAAAGUUUGCUAUGUUUGUAUUUUAUUGUGACUAAUUUUAUUUUAUUCUAUUCUAUCAUUAUUUUUGGUCAUGUUAGGGUUGAGAUUGAGUCGAUUAAUUUGUGUCUGAUUGUGAUUCUUGUAUUUUAUUUGAAUGUACAAGAAAAAGGGUGCUUUAUUUAGGGCCAGCCUGUGGAUGGUGCCAUAUGGUUUGGAAAUUUUAACAUUGUAAUUUGUAAGGGUAGUUUUUGGUUGUUAAUUUGAUGAAUUUUCCUAUUGUAAUUUCCUUAGUUCUGUUCUGGUAUAAUAACUUGUAUACCUUCUUAUUUGUUCUUAAGGAAUGUAAGGACAAAUGAGGAAACAGAUCAAAAGGAAAAAUUAAAUGAAGAAUUGUUGUAGUUGUUUAUUCA